GCUGUCAAUUUAUAAAAUGUCAACUCUCAAAAAUAAACAGGCUUGAGGGGCUGAAGCUCUAUGGGUUAAAUUCCAAUAAUUUUUAUUUAUUUAAACCUUUGUCCAAUUACUAAUACCCGUAUUUCUUAUAAAUUUAGUUUAAAGCGUAUCUUAUUUAUUUAUUUCAGAUUAUAAAGUAGGUAAAAAUAAAGGGUAUUUCAAAUUCAAUUUAUGUUCGAAAUUUCACCUUAAGAUAACGUAUAAAUUCGUAAUGAAUUCUCCAAGAGCGUCAAGCUCACCGUCAUAUAGAAAUCUUAAAUGCAAGCAUUCACAAUCUCCAAUUGAAUUAAAAGAAAAAAUGAGGAAGGAUUACAAGGAUAAGAUUCAAAAAUGUCGAAACAUGUUGAUGAACAAAUUUCGUGGACCUUUAGCAGGUGACAAUCUACAUCAAACUUUAACUAAGUUAUACAAAGACACGUUUAAUUUUACUGAAGAUUUUUCUGUUUAUGAAGAAGAUAUUGAAGUCCUUGAAGAAAUAAAAAAAGAACUAAUUCAAGAAGAACUGGAAUGGUGUCUUCAAGAAUAUGAAAAAUGUCAAACAGAUAAUAUUGAUUGGUCUUUAUAUCAAGUUGAAGACCAUGUUAUUUGUCCAGUGUGCCAAAAAACUGAUUUAAAAUUUAAUUUAGGGGUAGUUUCUUGUGAUAAAUGUAAAAUAGUAUUAAAAACCCAAUUAUCUUUAUCAGAAAUAAAGAAUAAUAUUUAUGAAUCAAUAGAAAGACAUGGCAAAAAAUGUAAUUCUGAUACUCAAUUUUCUAUGAUUCCUGAUUUAGAUGAAAACCAUAUUUAUCUUAUGUGUGAUGCUUGUUUAGAAAUGCAGUUAAUAGUGUAAAUUUUUUUACUGUAUGUUAUUGUUUAGAAGUAUUUACUUUAUUCACAAUUUUUUCAAAUAAAUGCUA